UAAAAUUUACUUACUUGAUAUAAAUUUCAGAAAACUCCCGGCUAAAAAUUCAAUUCCAAAGCUCACUAGUCAUGAGGAGUGUUUAGAUAUUUCGCUAACAUCAGAGUUACAGAAUGUUCCCGGGUUUCCGUGGAGGGGGGAGGGGAGGGUUCCCGCCCCCUUUCCAGGGGGGCAGGUUUCCCAUGAUGAACAAUAUGAAUGGAAUGGGGUUCCAAGCUUUUGGACAGUUUAAUAAUCGUCCUGGCAUGCAAAAUUUCAUGCCCGACAAUAUGCAAAACAAUUUCAUGCCAAACAUGGGCCGUGGGGGCCGGGGAGGAAUGGGAAUGGGACGCGGCGUGAGAGGAGGUAUGAUGGGUCCGGGUAGAAUGGGACCUGGACCUAGCCCGGCUACUCCAAACCGUGGAACUUCAACAUUCGACAAAACAACUCCAGUCGCCGACAAAACUCCAGUGGUCGACAAUAGUAGCCCAGCAGUCAAUAAGAGUAAGCCAAUAGUCGAAAAAACGUCAGAAGUGAAUACCUCUUCAGUCUCAACGCCGACUACUGCGACGAGUGUCGUUAAAACGGAGACUGUAACCAAACCAACGCCAAGUGCGUCAUCGACGGCAACAACGACAACGACGUCUGCACCUAAAACCAAUGAAGCAGAGAAGGUUGUACCUAUAAAGCGUGCUCCGGUAUUACCAGGGGAGAACGAACCAGAAUAUGACGAUAAUCUCUGUCUUCUUGAUUGGUAUAACUCUGACCUGAACCUGAAUAUUAAUCCUACGGAUUUCUGCUCUGCGGAGGCAAUAUCUAAGAACGGGUUCGGAUAUAUGUGGGGCGGAGCUAGAGCUACCUACGGAGCAACCAGGGGAAGAGUCUGUUUUGAGGUUCGUAUAGAUGGAAACAUGCCUGUAAGCCACCUAGAGGAGGAGGAGACUCCGAAUGUUCUCCGGGUUGGUUGGUCAGUAAGUGGAAGUAAUCUUCAGCUAGGGGAGGUCAAGCACUCCUUUGGAUACGGAGGAACGGGUAAAGCAGCGGAGUCGUGUGUCUUCAAAAACUAUGGAGUCAAGUUCGGAGUCGGAGAUGUUAUCGGAGCUUAUCUGGACGUAAGCAGUGAUUACUGCUUUAUAAAGUUUACAGUCAAUGGGAAGGAUCAGGGGAUCGCCUACAGGUUUCAGAAACCAGAUCUCAAGGGUCAAGCUCUGUUUCCACAUGUUCUGACGAAAAAUCAGAACUUUACGGUCAACUUCGGUCAACUACCUGCACCACUCUUCCCCCUUCUACCAGGAUUCACACCUAUUGGUCAGCUUGAUGUUGCGGAUGGUUUAGUGAGGGGCCCCCUGCCCCCACCAUCCAGGGCAGAUUGUGAGGUCCUGAUGAUGUUAGGACUACCUGGAGCUGGUAAAACCUUCUGGGCGGAGAAGUAUGCUAAGGAGCACCCAGAGAAGAACUAUAAUAUCCUUGGAACAAAUAAUCUUAUUGAAAAAAUGAAGGUCAAUGGGUUGAGUAGGAAGCGGAACUACCACGGAAGAUGGGAAGUAUUAAUCAAGAAAUGUACUGAAUGCUUCAACACAAUAUUAGAUCUAGCCGCUAAGCGACGUCGUAACUAUAUUCUAGAUCAGACGAACGUGUUUCCAACAGCCCGUGGUCGGAAACUAAAGGAUUUCAAAGGAUUUACAGCUAAGGCUGUUGUUGUUGUUCCGCCAGACGAUGAAUUCCGACGGCGGGUGGCGGAAAGGGAGGCAGUUGAGGGGAAGGAGAUCCCCGACAAUGCCGUCCUCAACAUGAAAUCUAACUUCGUAUUACCGGAGUUGGAGGAAACCUUCUUCUCCGAGGUUUGGUAUACCGAGCUUUCUCCGGAGGAAUCGCAUAAGGUCGUCAACAGGUACAACGAAGAAGCGCGCUCAUCUGGUCUCACCAUCAUGCAGGGGGUGCGCUCCUUCAAGCACAGGAAUGAGAACAAGCGGCGGGAGCAAAAGAUUCCUCUUCCAGGGAAACAUGUGCCCUGGGACAAGAAACCUGAGACUAAAAAUUUUUCUGAGGAUAAGGUUCAAGCCUCGACCUCCAGUGUCACCAACCCGGAGAAAACUGAGAUCAAACCUGAACCCGUCUCUGCUUCUCAAAGGAUAGAAGAACUAAAGAAGGAGAGUCGAGACCUGACCAAGAAAUCGUCUAAAAGCAGGAGUCGGAGUAGAGAUAGAGAUCGAAAGGGUCGGGAUUCUAGAGAUCGUAGAAGAUCUAGAAGUCGAGAACGUCGACGAUCGAACAGUAGAGGACGGUCGGAUAGGGUCGGAAAUAAUAGGUCUUGGUCCUCUGAUCACAAAGAUGGACGGGACAAGGGUCGUAAGAGAAGUAGGUCCAAAAGUCGGGAUAGGAACAACCAGAGGUUCAAGAAGGAACCUGUUAUUAGUCCAUGGAACAAGGCUCCCUUAGAUUCUUCAGGUUCUUUUCGUGGACGGGACGGUCCAGGAACAUCUCGCGGAACAGGGUUUCAGCGAGGAAAUGUCACUCAAAAAUUUCAGGACGGAGCUGGAACAUCAUUGGGUGGAUCUGGUGUAUCAGGUUCUACUCCGGACCUCAAUGAGAGGAGAUACGACCAACCUUCUGACGAUUUUGUGCGUGGCGGACGAGGGAGAGGUUUUAAUCGAGGUAGGGGAGGAUUUCAAGGUCCUCCAUCUAGAGGACGCGGCUUCCAUAGCAACAGACCUGAAGGUCAGUUCAAGAGUGAGCCUAGAGAACCUAUAUCAGAUCCUGCCCUCCCGGAGAAGAGAUGGGGGAACCAAGAUCAUGAGUGGAGAAGUAACCGAGGAGGAUUAACUGAAUCAACCCGUGGAGCUCCUAGAACAGCUUUACUCGGUAAUUUUCCUAACUCAAGGUUUAAUCCACCAGAGGAGAAGAAACCGAUAGAUAACUCCUGGAAUCAGAGUGGACGCUCCAGUUCUCAUUCGAACUAUAAUGACAAUUUGGAGCAGGAUAAUGACAACUACAAUAGGAAUGACUACGAGAUGAAUAUGAACGAUCCAGCUCCGGGUAGAUCCAACAAUAGGGGAAAUUAUCAGAGAGGAGGUUUCAAUGAUUAUCUUAUGGAAGAAUCAGCUCCGGUGGACGAGUUUAGAGAAGGUUCAGAGAACUCCUCGGUUCAGGUUCCAGAUAUAGAUGAAGAGUUUGCCUCCAGGAUGGAAAGAAAACUGGCAGCAUAUCAAGAUGAGGAGGAUCAGCGCGGAUUUAACGAGCAGUACGGAAAUAUACCCGGAAAGCAAGGAUUCAACCAAACUCAGGAAUGGAGAAAUGAUAAAUACAAUACUGAUGAAAAGGAUAGGUUUGGACCAAAUAACGGCCCAAACAACAGAUUUGGACCAAACAACUCGGCUCCUAAUAAUAGAUUUAGAUCUGGCGCAAACAGCAGAUUUGGCCCACCCAACUCUGGCCCAAACGAAAAGUUUGAUCCCGUGCAUGGUAAAUCGGGUGGUUUUUCAGGACCUCCUGAUAGAUUUGGACCUAACUCAGGUUCGCAUGACAACCUUGGGCCCUCAAACAGAUUUGGAAUGGAUUCUGGAUCCAAUGAUAGAUUUGGUCCUAACUCCGGACCUCCGGAGAGAUUUGGGCCCAAUUCAGGACCAAAUGAUAAUUUUGGUCCAAAUUCAGGGCCCCACGGUAAAUUUGGACCAAGUGACAGAUUUGGACCGAAUACUGGGCCAAUUGAUAGAUUUGGACCCAACACUGGGGCUAGUGACAGAGUUGGUCCGAAUACGGGAUCAAGAGAAAGAUUUGGCCCCAAUCCAGGACCAAGUGACAGAUUUGGCCGCAACACAGACCCACACGAAUCAUGUAGGCCCAAUGAUAACUCUGGACCGCACAACAGACUUCCUGGUCCUGUAUCAGGGUUUGAGAAGAGUAGAGGUCCAACAGAUCGAUUUUCUCAAAGCAAUUCCAGUUCCCAUACAGAGUUUAAUCGGUAUGGAUCUAGUGAUUACACAGAGCAAUUUACCGGUACCGACACUGCAGUUGAAAUCGGAAAUAAACGCCAUUUCCCACCUGGUUCGGACCCACAGAGUAAGUUUGGCUUCAAUAUGGAACGGCAGGAAAAAUUUGGUCCAGAGAAUAAUGUCUGGCCCAAGAAUGAGCCUUACAACAAGUUUGGAGCAAAUUUUAUCGAUGACAAGUUUGGGCCAAAUCCAGGCCAGCUCGAUAAAUCGGGUCAAGAGCCAGGACGUUUCGGAUCAAAUAUGCAUCCGGAUAAAUUUGGUGCUGGGUUGAAAGGAGCUCCAGUAGGCAAACCUAGCAGUACAUUUCCUCCUGAGACAAGUUUAGAUUUUCAAAAGUUUUCCGAACCCCCGCCUUCCUUCCCUUCAUCUGCUGGUUUUAAUCAGGGUUCAAGAUUCAGGAGUAAUGAUGAAAAUACUGCAGGUGGCCCCGAUAGUAAGCCUGGAUAUCCUGGAGGAAAUGCAAUAAAACCGUCAGGGUUUCAAGAGCAGAAACCUCCCAUUAUCCCGUCCUGGAAUGAACAAGGUCCAAAGCUAGAUACUGUGAGGGGUAGAGGAGAACCAGGCAGGUUUCCUAUUACCUCAGACGGUGCAGGAGUAGGGAUGGGAUACUCGGUUCAGUAUCACGGAGAAUAUGGAUCUGAGAGUAGGUUUCAAGGCGAAGAGGUUGGAGGAAUGUUGAAUAAACCUUAUCACGGCUCAGGGUACCCACAAACACAGGAGAAUUUUCCUAAAGAGAAAAGCAGGACCCGGAGUAGAAUGAACAUGGAUAUAAAUUCAAUACCAGGAAUGAACCCCCCUGCACCAGAUGCUAGCCUAGGAUCUGUAAAUCCUAGUCCUAUGAAUCAACCUCCUCCGGGUUCCAUGAAUCCUGGUCCUGGUUCCGGUACUCCUGGAGGACCUGGAGGCUCUGGUCCGGACUAUGCUGCUCUUCUCCAGUAUCUUCAGUACUACCAGAAACAGAUGGGAUCGGAGGAGUCGGAGAGUAAAAUUUAAAGGAAAAGAUCGGGGUGUUGGAGGCGGCUUGGUAAGAGUUAAAGAGGAGUCAGUGAAAAAAGGAAUCAGAGCGCAAGAAGUUUCUCAGAGUAGUAUUUAUGCACGCACACUUAAACCUAAUUAUAGGUUUAGCUCGACUGAUUCUGAGUGACGUGAAGGCCUUCAGCACGUGAUAAAUUUUGUUAUUAACCUAUUCCGUGAGAUGAUAAAAUUGGAAUCCAAAUUGUACAGACAAAUUUGACUGUACAAUUUAUCGUUUGUACAUUGUACAGUUGUAACCAAGUCGCGCAUAGAAGGAUAUUGUGAUCCCUAGCGCUAAAUUUUUUCUUAUGAUUCUGCACACUAUAUAGAUUCAUGUGAAGUACAGUACAGUAGGAAUCAUUAAAAGAUUAAGAAUGCAAUUUCGAAACUAUGUGUUGUACAGUACCUCACAAUGUAAAACAUUUUUUUUAAUUAUGGUUUUUGUUCUCUUAAAACUCUACUGUGCCGUACAGUUUACAUGCUGUAUGUAAAUAAAAUCCAGUUCCGCCAGUGUACGUUAAAAUAUUGCUUGAAACCAACGAAUGGGGAUAAGGGCUUUCUUAGCUUUAUUCUUAACCCCAUUUGAUGACAAAUUUAUGUUAAUUUUUCAUUGUGUUCGUCUGAUUUGGUUAAAUAAAUUCAAUUAAUUGUUAAUACCAUUCAUUUGAAUAAACUUCAUAAAUAAACAUUAAACAAUGUAAA